AUGCCUGCUUUGCUCGUGCUGAAGACCUUCAAGUCGUCUGCAAACGCGCACACGCCCGGUCGAUCCUCGCCCGAUAGCUUCACACCGGCAUCAUUUAACUUAUCCAGCGCGAGCAAGAGCGGAGUGACCACUGCCGUAAAAAGGUGGGGACUAAGUGGACAACCUUGGAACACGUCAACACGCAGCGACACCGGGGCCGAUGGUCCAUCUUUCGCGAUGUACCACAACAGAUCGUGUAGUACGCUGACAAAUGCGUUCUUGAGGUCGUACCAAAUGAUCCGGAGCUCGCGGUGCUUUCGCCGCGCUUGGUCAAUCAGAGUCGACGCCACAAAAUUAUGUUCUCCACAGCCAUUGACAGACCGAAAACCUUUUUGGGCAGGGGCGUGA